AUAAACUGGGUGACAGAGUCAGAAAACUCCCCAGCUAAACACCCGUUAAGACUUCAUACAACACAAUACUCUAUAUUGUGAUGAUCACAGCAGCCAAGGCUACCUAAAAGAAGACAGUUAUCUCAUAUUUGGCUGCCAGCUUUUUAUCUUUCUCUUGACCACUUAAAACUUCAGACUUCCUCUCCUGCUGGUAUCAUGGAGAAAGUCCAACACCUCACUCGCUCAGCUAUAAGAAGAGCCUCAACCAUUGAAAUGCCUCAACAAGCACGUCAAAAGCUACAGAAUCUAUUUAUCAAUUUCUGUCUCAUCUUAAUAUGUCUCUUGCUGAUCUGUAUCAUCGUGAUGCUUCUCUGAAGUUCUGCUACAACCUCUAGAUCUGCAGCUUGCCACAUCAGCUUAAAAUCUGUCAUCCCAUGCAGACAGGAAAACAAUAUUGUAUAACAGACCACUUCCUGAGUAGAAGAGUUUCUUUGUGAAAAGGUCAAGAUUAAGACUAAAACUUAUUGUUACCAUAUGUAUUCAUCUGUUGGAGCUUGUAAACAUGAAAAGGGCUUUAUUUUCAAAAAUUAACUUCAAAAUAAGUGUAUAAAAUGCAACUGUUGAUUUCCUCAACAUGGCUCACAAAUUUCUAUCCCAAAUCUUUUCUGAAGAUGAAGAGUUUAGUUUUAAAACUGCACUGCCAACAAGUUCACUUCAUAUAUAAAGCAUUAUUUUUACUCUUUUGAGGUGAAUAUAAUUUAUAUUACAAUGUAAAAGCUUCUUUAAUACUAAGUAUUUUUCAGGUCUUCACCAAGUAUCAAAAUAAUAACACAAAUGAAGUGUCAUUAUUCAAAAUAGUCCACUGACUCCUCACAUCUGUUAUCUUAUUAUAAAGAACUAUUUGUAGUAACUAUCAGAAUCUACAUUCUAAAACAGAAAUUGUAUUUUUUCUAUGCCACAUUAACAUCUUUUAAAGUUGAUGAGAAUCAAGUAUGGAAAAGUAAGGCCAUACUCUUACAUAAUAAAAUUCCUUUUAAGUAAUUUUUUCAAAGAAUCACAGAAUUCUAGUACAUGUAGGUAAAUCAUAAAUCUGUUCUAAGACAUAUGAUCAACAGAUGAGAACUGGUGGUUAAUAUGUGACAGUGAGAUUAGUCAUAUCACUAAUAUACUAACAGAACAGAAUCUAAUCUUCAUUUAAGGCACUGUAGUGAAUUAUCUGAGCUAGAGUUAUGGUACCUAGCUUACCAUACUAUAUCUUUGGAAUCAUGAAACCUUAAGACUUCAGAAUGAUUUUACAGGUUGUCUUCCAUUCCAACCUAACAUCCAAUGCAGGCAAGGAAAAUAAAAGAUUUCCAGUGACAGAAAAAUAUAUUAUCUCAAGUAUUUUUAAAAAAUAUAUGAAUUCUCUCUCCAAAUAUUAACUAAUUAUUAGAUUAUAUUUUGAAAUGAACUUGUUGGCCCAUCUAUUACAUCUACAGCUGACCCUUGAACAUGGGGGUUAGGGGAGCUGACAAUUCGUGGGUCCGCAAAAUCUUAACUACCUAAUAGCCUACUAUUGACCAUAAACCUUACUGAUAACAUAAACAGUAAAUUAACACAUAUUUUGCAUGUUAUAUGUAUUAUACACUAUAUUCCUACAAUAAAGUAAGCUAGAGAAAAUGUUAUUUAGAAAAUCAUAAGAAAGAGAAAAUAUAUUUACUAUUCAUUAAAUGGAAGUGGGUCAACAUAAAAGUCUUCAUUCUCAUUGUCUUCACAUUGAGUAGGCAGAGGAGGAGAAAGAUGGGGAGGAAGAGAAGGCGUUGGUCUUGCAGUCUUGUCUUAGGGGUGUGGGGAGUGGGGGAAAAGAAUAUUCAUGUAUAAGUGGACCCUUGCAAUUCAAGCCCUCGUUGUUCAAGGGUCAACUGUAAUAGGAUAUAGCUAUUUUUCUUCCUCUAUCAACCAAAUGCUAAGCAUCUAUUUUGUAGUCCACUCUACUGAGCUAAAUUAUAGAUCCAGCUAUGCUAUUUAUAAUUAUUUUCUUGAUGAAUAAAUUUUCAAUUUCUCCUCUGA